AUGCCCUCAUCCACCCAUGAAACGACAACCGCGGUCACGGUAGCUCUUGGAUCCGACUCGGCUGAAAAGGACAGCAAAGUGGCAAAGCUGGAAGACGAGAAAGCCGGAUUAGAACGUGUCGAUGUCAACGAAUCCCCAAGCCGAACGCUCGCAUCUCAGGAUCAGGAAAAGCCCACCACACAUGCUUCCGAAAGGAGUAUGAUGAAGUCUAUCACAAUCGUAGCUGCAUGCACGGGCACCAUGGUCCUCAACGUAAGCUCGGUGACAGGAAUUAGCAUGGCAAUCCCGACCAUUGCUCGAGAACUCGAAAUGGAAAAUGAUCAGAUUCCCUGGAUUGUCUCCGCAUUCGCCCUCUCGUCUGGCUGCAUGCUCCUCCUAUUCGGUAGACUGGCCGACCUUUACGGGCGUAAACUCGUAUGGCUCAUAGGCUCACUUUGGAUCGUGGUCAUCUCGAUUGCGUGUUCGUUUGCCAAAACCGGUGUACAGCUCAUUGUGCUGCGAGCGAUGCACGGCAUGGGCCCAGCGGCGAUGAUACCUGCGGCUCUAGGAAUUCUCGCUCAUGCAUUCCCACCCUCGCGAGCACGGAGCACGGCAUUUGCGACCUUUUCAGCUGGUGCGCCUCUCGGAGGAGCAAUCGGUACCGUCUUUGGUGGGAUGAUGGCUGAAUAUGCGUCGUACGUGGCGGGGUGUGUUUACUUUACGGCUGCGCUCGGCGCGGUCGUCUGCGUCGCGGGCUUUUUAGCCAUUGACAGGGAUCCCCACACUGCCAAGACGGAUAAACGCGUAGAUUGGAUCGGGCAGCGCUUUGACGGCCCAGCAAGUGGAUGGUCGUCGCCGCUCAUCCUCAGCCUGCUCAUCGGUGGUGUCGCCCUCAUCGUUUGCUUCCUUCUCUGGGAACGGUAUCUGAUCAACUCGACCUCGUUUCCACCCCUCAUGCCGUUGGAUAUUUGGACGCGUGCACACGGACGGUUCGCGGCAAUGCUUGCUGUUGCAUUCCUCGAGUGGGCAUGCUUUACGACGUUGACGCUCUGGGCAAUGCUCUACUAUCAGAACUAUCAACACCUAUCUCCAAUACAAACCAUGGUUCGGUUCUUGCCGAUGCCGGUCACUGGGGUGAUCUGCAAUGUCGUCGUUGCACUGACUGUUGGAGCAAUCAACGGCGCCUAUCUUUUGGCCCUGGGAACAACGGCUACGUCUCUGUCAGCGUUACUCUUUGCACUCAUCAACCCAUCCGCGCCAUACUGGGCAUUCGGAUUCCCAGCAGCCGUGAUUUGUGUGGUUGGCGCAGAUUUCGUGUUUGCGUGCGGGACCCUGUUCAUCGCCAAGACGGCCUAUCAGUCCGAACAAUCCGUGGCCGGCGCGCUCUUCCAGACUGUCACUGCAUUAGGAACGAGCCUUGGACUCGCGAUUACGACGAUUGCAGACUCUGUGGGCGCGAGUGCAGAGGCCAGAAGAAUGGGUGUGGUGCUUGCGCACGAUGCCACCGCGGCUCAAAUUCCACCCAACGUGCUCCUCCGGGGUCUGCGAUCAGCUCAGUUUGCUUCAUUUAGCUUUGGAAUCUGUGGGUUGCUGGUAGUGGUACUGUUCCUACAUGGGAUUGGGAUCGUUGGGACCCGGAGAACAAAAGCCGUCGUCGCUCCUGAAGAGGCAGGCGACGUGACAGGCACGAAAGAGUAG